GUUCCUUGAAGAGUUGAGUACUCCAGAUGAAAAGUGGCAAUGGAAAAUCCACUGUAAAAUACAGAAAAAAUUAAAGAGCUUGUAAGAACAAAUAAAAAUGCCAUGAACUUGCUAGCACUUCUGAGUGCUUAUCAAAAGAAACACAUGGUUGAGAUUCUGGCGUACCAUAGUUGUGAUUCUCAAACACGAACUACUCCAGAAUUAGAGUGUCUCAUAAAACUUCAAUAUCAGAAUAUUCAGCAGAGGCAUGUGGUGUUUCUGACAGAAAAGAAUGUGUCAACCUUUGCAAGUUAUGCUGAUAAUGGAAUAGUGGUUACUACUGUCAGUUCGUUUAUGCACAACUUCAAAACUCUAGUUGGCUGCCACAACUCAGUUACUGAAGAAAGCCUGCCUUCUCCCACUGAUUAUGACAAACAAACAGCUCUUAUAGAAAACGAUGAAAAGGAUGAGGAGGACAUGUCUCUGGAUUCAGAGGAUGAAGCAUCACAAAUAGAAGUUUGCAAUGAUGCCUCAAACUGUGAUUCCCAUUUGGAAGAUUUACAGACAGAGGCCAAAGGACCACACGGAACAGACUCUAGGCAAAAAUCUCAAAGUGAAGCACUGCUGUCUUCUGAAGAACAACACUACUCUCUGACAGAAGAGACUUCCAAAAUAGACAUGCUAGAUAUACAGCCAGUUACUCCUGUUUCAUCUACCUGCUGUGCUGAAGGGGAGAGGACUAAUUCGGAUGAACAAAUUCCUCUCAGCUUUCAGAUGUACAAUAGACAAUUAAGUGUGCCUCAUCAAUUCAGUCACUUUAAUGUUCUCACUCACCAGACGUUUUUGGGAACAACGUACCCUAUGUCUGCCAGUCAAAAGCAGGAAAGUAGAAGUUGCUUUCUGACUGCUUACAGUCAGAACAUGGAUAUGGAGCAUUCUUCACCUUCAUCCAAUAAUUGGGAUAUCAGUUGUGAUUCUUUGAGGCCAUUUCCCAAACAGAAUUGAGCAAAGCAGAAAUGUCUUUUUUUUAAAUAUUUCUUGCGGACUUUAGAAAAAAAGUGAAUUAAGUAUUUCUAGUCUCCGAUCUAAACAUUUCUUGUUUCUUAUCUCAGAUGUUCUCAUGUUUAUUUAAAUCAUGAAUGGUCUGUAUCAGAUAAAGCACCUGAAGUUUGAAAUAAAUAUAUAUAUUUUUAACAUAUAUGUACUUGAAUGAACUUGUUUGUUGGCACUUCUUAAGUUUUACAUUUUGUAGUUCACAUGUAAUUAAAAUUAUCAACUUGAAAUCUAAUUUAUGUAAUUUGAAUGUUUGCCUGAACCAUAUGUGAAAGAGGGAAGGGAUCAUUUUUAAUGUAAAGUAUAAAAAGACAGUGAAACCACUUUUUCUUUAAAAUAGCUGUUAUGUACAUAUGUGAAUGUUUUGUAUAAAUUCUUUCUAUAGCUUUAAAGUCAACUCGUUCCUUCAUCAAAUAUCCUGGAUUUUUGGUUACAUACCUUAGAAUAAACAGUAGAUGCAGUUUGUUUUGAAAUGAAUAAAAGAAUUUGCCCCGAGAGGACUUAUUA